AUGCCCACUUCUCUACGUGAUGGACGACGGCUGACGGGCUAUGUUACUGGAGCACACGAUCAACAGAGUGUUGCACCUGCACAGAUCCACCGCCAUUCUCUAUACGACGACGGCAUGGACGAUUACCACAAUCACCCUAUUGACGAUGACUAUGACGAUGAUAUGGACGACGACGACGAAGAAGAGUCUGUAGGCUCUGUUUUGAGUAUACCCGAUCCCAACAUUGAUUUCGACCUUGUCUAUGCACUACACACGUUUGCAGCCACUGUGGAAGGACAAGCCUCUGUGGUGAAAGGGGACGCAUUAACCCUGUUGGAUGACAGCAACUCUUAUUGGUGGCUCGUCAAAGUGCUCAAAACAUCUGAAGUUGGCUAUAUUCCUGCCGAGAAUAUCGAGACGCCUUAUGAACGAUUGGCACGUCUUAAUUCACAUCGCAAUAUCGAAUUGACACAACGUGAUAUCCAAGAUGCAUUCCCUGCUCCCCCUUCCACCAAACCCAAGAGCAACAAAAAAGUCAAGCUGGCCAAAGGUGUCAAAUUCCAGGCACAAGUUAUUUUCGGAUCCAGUGACGAUGAAGAUUUUGAAGAGGAAUUCGAAGAAUGGCAGGAAACGAUUCGCACCGAUAGUGAUACGGAUGAUCUCGAUGAUACCACCGAUUCGGAUGAUGAUGAUGAUUACUAUGAUGAUGUACGGUUGUAUGGAUCAACAGGUGGCUAUGAUUAUGGUCAAUCAUCGGUGGAUAAUUAUGCACGAUCCCAUCACCACCAACAAGUAUCACAACAACAACAACAAUAUGCACAACCUACUACUAGCAACCACCAUCAUCAACAACAACAACCCUAUCCUCCUGCACAACCACAACAACAGCAACAACAACAACAACAACGGGGUGGUAACAUGCCAUUUAGAGACACUUUGGAUCUUGAAGCCACUGAGACAAUCAAAUUCUCAUUGACACCUGAAGUUGCACGUGAUACCCAUGAAUCUGGAAAUCAAUACCGAGAAAUGAGCUAUGGCGAUCCACAAAGUAAAGCCAGCAAACUGGAGAGUAUCCUUGCAGGAGAUGGAUCAUCACCACCUUCAUCAUCGUCAUCAUCAGCAGUACCCCCUGUGAAUGAACAACGUCGUGGCUCCAAGGAUAAAAAGGAAAAGGGUGGAUUGCGUAAAUUGUUUUCGCGCAAUAAGGAUGGCAAGGACAAAAAGCAGCGAAAGGGCAGCAUGGAUAAGCAAACAACACCGAUCAUUACUGUGGGUGGUGAAAUCAUUUCAUCUGAGACAGCAUCGCUUUCUUCACAAUCAACAGGUUACUCUGAUCGUGAUCGUGCUAGCAGUAUCGAUUCUUCUUCCCAUAUGCAUAUGCAUCAUCAUCAUCAACAUCAACAUUAUUCACAUCAGCAACAGCAACAACCUCGUGAUCCUCAUCCACAUCAACAACAGCAACCCGAACCUGCCACCGCCGGCGUACAACAACAACAACAACAACCUGCUAUGCUCAAGAUUUAUGCCGGCAAUGUACGCUUUGGUGCCGAAUUCAAGAUUGCCAAUACUUAUCCAAAUACAACAGCUGCUGAUUUGAUCCAACAUGCAUUGCAUACAUUUGAUAUCCAAAAUCAUCAACCCAGUGCCAAUGCAGAUGCUCAUCUCGAUUACUUUUUGGUUGUACGUGGUGUGGAUGGAGAUGAGUAUACAUUGGUGCCCAAUGAUCGACCUCUUACCAUUUAUUCCUCGUUAACGGCUCAUUUGAAUACACCUAUGCCAUCUUUGAAAAAGGCACGUCGUAUUUCUGCCUUGAUGGGUGCCAGUGAUAGUACACAUAUUGGUGGUCCCAAGGAAGGAGCUGAAGAGAUUCAAGAAGAGGUGCGCUUCUACCUGUAUACCAAGGCCAAGCGGCCUGAAGAUGGCCACAUGUCUAUCAAGGUGUCGUUGUUUGCAUCCGAGAUUGGUGGCAAUACCAGCAUUCUAAAGUUUGAUCAGACGCGUGUGGAUAAAUUGGUGACCGUACCCAUCCAUGCCUCUGUGAGUGAUGUGACAGCCCUUGUUCUUGACAAGUUUCAUAUCUUGAACGGCAUUGUGGAUGGUCCUGAUGCUGAAGAAAAAGCACAGUCGUUGCGUCUACGAGGUGCUGAAGACCAAGCGAUUCGAUACCAACUCUCUGUCAGCAAACAAGGACAAGAAAUGAUGCUUGCACCCACCGUGGAUAUCAGCAGCGCAUUUGGUGAUAAUUUACCACCCGUUGUCCACCGUCGCAACAGUAGCAAUCCCGAUAGAGCCUCUAUUGCAUCCUUGUCUUCUGUUAUAACUCCUUCUCCUCAACCCGAUGAAACGUUUUUCAUUCUUCGACGAUCCGAUCGCCACAAUAAGGACUCUUCUUCUCAACAAGUUCCAGUACGACCUCCCCGCCCUACCAGACAAGACACACCCAUGCCUAGAGGAACACCUUCACCUGCCAAUGGCCCUAUGCCUGAUGUUCCAUCUUCUGGAAAUAAUGUUCAUCCACUUGCUAUUUCUACUACAACAGACCAGGAACAACAACAACAACAAGGCCAAGUGAUGUAUGAUGAACCUGAGUCAGCUGUGGAUGUGCUUAUGAAACUCGAUCAAGCGCUUGAUAAUUUAGCCCAUACACGCAACAGCAACGAACCUUUAACGGAAGCCAUUGUGGCAAGCAGUAUCAACAAUAGCCGAGACAUGUUGCAACAAACAACCAUGCAUGAUGAUGUUGUUGAUGAUGAGACCGAUGAUAAAAAGGAGCAACAACAGCACCACCAACGGGCAUGGGAUAUGGAUAGUGAUAUUGAUGCGCCACCACAGCCAUCCAUCACUGAGCAUGAGCACCACAAGCCUAUGGAGGAGGAGAACCAACAACCACCAUCCAUGGAUGGUAAAUCAAGUCGUCGUACACCUGUUGACUCUAUGCUAUUCUGUGAAGAAUUUGGCAUGAAUGAACUCAUGGUGCUGAUUCGUGGUGCUGUACGCUAUGCAGAGGAGCAAGAACAAUCAACAAAGACACAUAAACAUCCACCUAUUCGUAGCGAAAUCAGUGAGGUGUUCAAGGACAGCCAACAACGACUCGAACAAUUGGAAAAGGAACUGGAUCGUCUCAUGGCGGAUGCUGUUAGAGUUUAUCCUUAA